AUGACCAAUGUUAAGUUACAGUUUGCAAUAACUGCAUUAGGAGCAAGUCUUGCAACAGGAAUAGCGAUCUUGUCUUAUCAAAACUAUAAAAAGAAAUUACGAGCUGAAGCUCUUAAAAGGGAAAUUGGAUCAAUACCUCGAACAACCCGUAGUUUACGUUUAAAUGGCACCAAAAGUGAAAUAGCAUUUGACGAAUCACUAAUUAAAGAACAAUUAGCGAGAAAUAUCGCCUUUUUAGGGGAGGAAGGUGUGAAAAAAUUAAGAAAAUCUUUUGUAAUUAUAGUGGGAGCAGGGGGCGUUGGUUCUUGGGCUGCAUUGAUGUUGAUUCGAUCUGGAGUUUCUCAUAUUAGAGUAAUUGAUUUUGAUCAAGUAACAUUAAGUAGUUUAAAUAGACACGCGGUAGCAACACAUUCUGAUGUUGGUACACCAAAAGUAAUCGCCUUACAAAAUCACUUAAGAGAAAUUGCUCCUUGGGCAAAAGUUGAACCUAUAAUUGAAUUAUUUACAAAAGAUCAUGCUGAUCACUUGUUAUCCGGUAAUGCUGAUUUUAUUAUUGACGCUAUUGAUAACAUUGACACAAAAUUAUAUUUACUUAAAUAUUGCCAUGAUCAAAACUUACCGAUUAUAAGUUCAAUGGGAGCAGGAGCCAAAGCUGAUCCUUCGCGCAUUCAAAUGAGUGAUAUUAGUAUUACUAUCGAGGAUCCGCUUGCUAGAACCGUUAGACGUCGAUUAAAGAAAAUGGGAGUUAAAUCAGGAAUUACCGUUGUUUAUUCAACCGAGAAACCAAAUGUCAAAUUACUGCCUUUAGAAUACGCGACUUUACCGGAUUUCAGGACUCGAAUUCUCCCAGUAUUAGGUACAAUUCCCGCCAUCUUUGGUAUGUCAAUUGCUACAUAUAUUGUAACCAAGAUUGCUGGUUAUCAUAUUGAGCCAUUAUCCAAUAAGAAUCGUGAUGGAUUAUAUGCACGAUUGCACCGUGAUUUACAAAACAGACAACGAAGGAUCUUUGAUAUAGACACCAUUCCUUUGGAUGUAUAUGAAGUUGGAUAUAUUUUUGAAGAAAUUUGGAGAGGCAAAAGUGCUAUUUCAGGUUCAACCGAAAAACCCGCAAUUACAAGAUGGCAUAAGGAUCAACCAUUAAGUCCACAAAAUUGUGUUGUUAUGACCAAAAAGGAAGCCGAUGAUCAUGAAAAGCUUACUAUAAAUCCUGAAGAACAUUAUCUUCCUGAUGUUGUAAAAUUGGUUCAGAAAAGAUUUCGAGAAGAAAAAGAAAUUUCUAAUUUUCGAUAA